AUGAAAGGAAGAAAGAAGGGAUGUUCCUUACCUUUAGCUUUUAUCUUGCUGUUUGUCUGUAUCACUGGGCACGCGACUACUGACUUAGACGACAUCGAAGAGGACGAUGUUCUCGGGGCUGCUUUGCCACCAUUGAAACUAGGGCAUUCAGUCUGUGCCAUGAAAGCAGAUGAAGGUCCAUGCAAAGCAAUCCAUAUGCGCUAUUACUUCAAUAUUCAAAGCCGUGAGUGUGAAAUAUUUGAAUAUGGUGGAUGCCAUGGCAAUGAGAACAACUUUCUAACACUGGAAGAAUGUCAGAAGAAGUGUGUGGUUACAGAAUUGUCUCAGAAGUUGAUGUUAGCAAAAAUUAAGAAAGAAAUGCCCAACUUCUGCUUUCAUGAGAAAGACCCUGGAAUCUGCCGAGGUUAUUUUUCCAGGUAUUUCUAUAACAAAGUGAAGAAGAAAUGUGAAGUAUUCAAAUAUGGUGGGUGCCUAGGAAACCAGAACAACUUCAAGAAUUUGGAAGAAUGCCAGACUACCUGCCAAGGCAUCUCAAAUUUAUUGCCAAUUGCUCCAGCUGAAGAGCAUCCUAAUACUGAGAACAGUAGUUCUCCAGAGGAAGAACCCAGCCAAUUUCCUGGGAUUUUGGUCAAUUUGUUGCCAACUGCUCCAAAUGAGAAGUCCAACACUCUGAACAGUAGUUCCCCAAAGGAGGAGCGGAACCAGUUUCCAAUUUUUUUUGAACCACCUCCCAUCCCUUCUCUGUGCAUGACCCCUAUGGACAGAGGACUUUGUAGAGCCAAAGAGUUAAGAUUUUUCUACAACUACUCGACUGGAAGAUGUCACCCAUUUAGCUACAGUGGUUGUGGUGGGAAUGAAAAUAAUUUCACCUCCAGAAAGUCAUGUUUGAGGAUCUGCAAGAAAGGAUUCAAUAAAAAAAAAGGCGAAAGAAGAUUAAUAAAAAUCAAGAAGAAAAGAAAGAAACAGUCAGCAAAGGCUCUGGGCGAGGAAAUCAUCCCUGAAAGAAUACAACUUUGA